AUGGCUCGCGAUUUCAAUGUCAAUGUCCAAGACCCUAGUCACGCACACUACCCUCACCUACGAACAUUCUGCUCUGAUUUUGAUCUCCGAAACGUUGUUACGUCACCAACUAAAUUCCCCAAUGCAACAACCAUAGACCUAGCACUGAUCUCAAGCUCCUCCUCCACCACGUCCACUGCAAGACCAGGCAGUGAUGAACUGAUUUACAAAGACUGCAAUGUUAUUCCAUGUGCUAUUUCCGAUCACCAACUUGUUCGUGUGACCUACACUAUCCAUGCUACCACCAGCACACUCAAGACAAACAGACAGGUACAAGUACGAAAGCCACCGCUGCGCACGUUGAAGAUCAAGCGAUUCCAAGAGACAGCUGCUAAGCAUAUGUCUACUCUCCACCAGCAGAUCACACGCAGUUCAUCACAGAUGUCUCUAGAUAGUUAUACUGAACACUGGCAGGAUGCAGUCAGUGAUGCCUUGAAUGAGUACUGCCCACUAAAGACCGUUAACGCCAAGAAGAGCUAUACUCCAUCGCCUUGGAUAGACGAUGAGCUCCGGCAGACUUUAUUCAAGCGUAAACGAGCACACUGUGCAAUGAUAAAACGUCCUGAUCGCCCAGACCUGCUGCAACAAUUCCGAACUCUACGAAGACAAUGUAAACUUUUAACUAGGAAGAAACGGUCUACAUACUUCCAGCAACAACUAAUCAAUCAUCGAAACCACCCAAGAGAGCAAUGGAGUGUCAUGAACAAUCUACUGGGUAGAAUUAAAAUCAACCGGGAACCUGCUGCCGAAGUAGCCGACAUCACAAAGACAUUUACAGCCGUUGUCAACGAUACAUCACUUUCUGGCAGUACACUACGCACUCCCAAUGGCCCUUUAUCGGAAUACUCACUGACACAGUUCACACCAGUCACUGUUCCACAAGUCCAACUCCAUAUCCAGAGAAUGAACAGUCGUAAAGCCACAGGACAUGAUAACAUCCCCGCCCAGGCUUACAAGCUCAUCAAUGAUGAGAUCGCCCCAUCUUUGGCCAAACUAUUUACCAUGUCUCUUACAUCUGGCGAUUUUCCAUCGACUUACAAACUAGCAAAUGUGCGGCCUAUCUACAAGCGUGGAGAUAAGUCAGUCCCAUCUAACUAUAGACCAAUAUCAAUCCUGUCCCACAUGUCUAAGCUACUGGAACAUAUUGUGCACGACCAACUAAUGUACUAUAUCUAUAAUGCACCACCACCACUGGUACCCCUACCUGCUGAGCAAUUUGCCUACCGCAGAGGCCACUCCUGCGAGGACUUGCUCACUCCCGUGAUCAACGACUGGAUGCUCUCCUUGGACAAAGGUGAUUAA